AUGAAUUUCAUGGGACCAUUUCCUAGUCCUUUUGGUUGUCUUUAUAUUCUUUUAGCUAUCGAUUAUGUGUCGAAAUGGGUAGAAACCAAGGCUACCCGGACUAAUGAUUCACGAGUUGUUGUAGGAUUUCUUAAGUCCAAUAUUUUUAGUAGGUUUGGGGUGCCAAGAGCAAUCAUCAGUGACCAAGGUACUCAUUUCUGUAAUCGCACCAUUGAAGCACUGAUGCGUAAGUAUGGAGUUCACCAUCGAGUGGGUACUACCUACCACCCGCAGACCAACGGGCAGGCUGAGAUCUCUAAUCGGGAGAUCAAGAGUAUUUUGAAGAAAACGGUCAACCCAAAUCACAAGAAUUGGAGCACCCGAUUGGAUGAUGCACUAUGGGCAUACCGCAGGGCGUACAAAACACUAAUCGGAAUGUCUCCGUACAAGUUAGUUUAUGAUAAGAUGUGUAAAUUACUUGUGGUGAUUGAGCAUCAUGCGUUUGGGGCAAUUAGGCAGUGCAACUUGAACGCUGAGAGAGAUGGCAAGGAGAGGAAGCUCCAACUUCAAGAGUUAGAAGAAAUCCAUUUGGAGGCUUACGACAAUGCCGAACUUUACAAAGAACGCACAAAGUCUAUCCAUGACAGACUAUUGUGCACUAAACAAUUUUCUAUGGGGCAAAAGGUACUUUUGUUCAACUCAUGGUUGAAAUUCGUGCCAGUUGAAAUUCGAAGUUUAGAGACGGACAAAAGUUUUAAGGUUAAUGGUCACCGUCUCAAGCUGUGUAUACAUGUUUCAGAUAUUGGCACUGUGGAGGAGGUCCAUUUGCUCGACCCUGAGUCUCAUUAA